UUCUUGCAAACAGUGCAGCUAGCCCUCUUGUUAAAUUUUGCUCUGAUUUGACGUUAGAACGAAGCUACGAUGGCCACCAGCCACACAUAGAUGCCAUCACUUCACUCGCUCAUCCUCUCCUUUCUUCCCUCCCCCUUCACAUUCCAAGUAUCUGUCCCUCCCAACCACCACCUCCUCUUUUCAGGAGAUCAUCUCCUCCUUUUUCUUUGCUAGGGUUUGUCCACCAUAACUAUCACCUCUUCUUCCGAUUCUUGUCCUGUUGUCGGCCAUGGAGAACUUCGUGAGUCUCGCGGCAGCAGCAGGAGGAGGAGGAGGAUGCACCGCCAACGGCGCCAAGUCUUGUUCUUUGCUGGAGCUUCCACUGACGACGGCGUCGUCGGCGCCGGACAACAAAGCGCACCACAGCUCGCCGCCAGCGUACUACCAGCUGCUCGCCGCCGGCUCGGCGUCGUCGGCGCAGCAUGGCCGCCACCACCACCACCACCACACCGGUGGCGGCGCAGCAGCUGCGCCGGGACAGAUCUCGCCGGCGGCGGCGGUCAAGGCCGACAUCAUGUCGCACCCCCAGUACUCGUCUCUCCUCGCCGCCUACUUGGGUUGCAAAAAGGUCGGAGCCCCGCCGGAUGUGCUGGCCAAGCUCUCGACCGUGCCGGCGGCGAAGCUGGACGCAGCCGGUGGCCACCCUCGCCGUGAUGACCCGGAGCUCGAUCAGUUCAUGGACGCGUACUGCAGCAUGCUGAUGAGGUACAGGGAGGAGCUGGAGCGGCCGAUCCAGGAAGCAGCUGAAUUCUUCAGGAGCGUACAGUCGCAGCUCGAUUCGAUCGCUGACAGUAAUGGCGAUGGCCCGGGAUCAUCCGAGGAAGAGCAAGACACGAGCUGUCCUGAAGAAGCCGACCCUAGUGACAGGGAGCUGAAGAGGCAGCUUCUGAGGAAGUACGGCGGUUCUCUGGGCGAUCUCCGGCAGGGGUUCUCCAAGAGGACCAAGAAAGGGAAGCUCCCCAGGGAGGCCAGGCAGAAGCUACUGCACUGGUGGGAGCUGCACUACAAGUGGCCCUACCCCUCUGAGACGGAGAAGGCUACGCUGGCGCAGUCGACGGGGCUGGACCAGAAGCAGAUCAACAACUGGUUCAUCAACCAGAGGAAGCGGCACUGGAAGCCGACGCCGGCGGCAGGCGCGGCGGCCUUCCCGGCGAUGGAAGCUGCAAGGCCCGGCGGCGGCGUAGCGGCAGCGCUGCCGCUGUACAUGGGCCGGCCGUUCGUGUUGGACGGCAUGUACCGGCUUGGGUCUUGACUCUUGAAGGCUCUUGGGUCCUUUUGGUAAUCUGGAGAUAAUGACGCUGCUAAUGGCGAUGUUACUACUCGAUCAGUAAAUAGGACUAUAUUUGCUAGCCUUUUGUGUUGUGUGUGUGUGUGUGACAAGGCUCAGAUAUGUAUCUCUCCUACUGGUUCAAGUCCGAAAUGGAAAUGUAAUUGAAAGCCUUAAUUCUAAACAUAUUUCAUUCUUGGGCGAGAUGAGAUCUGCCCAAUGGUGGGUUCCCAUCCGUGCUUAACUGCAAGAUACAAGGUUUCACAAGCUGUCCGUGAAUGAA